AUGCCAGAUAUGGUGAUCUCUACACCGGAUGUGGAAAGAUUCUUUAAGACUCUCAAAUUCUCCAAAUCCGCGGGUCCAGAUAAUAUCCACCCAGCCGUCAGAAAAUCGAUAGAAUCCUUAAUGAUCCCCCAAAUAGUCACAAUGAACACUGGCCGGAUUCCGGAGGACUGGAAAUAUGCCACAGUUGUCCCAAUCUUUAAAGGGGGUAAACAAUCGGAUCCGUCUAACUAUCGUCCAAUCAGUUUCACCAGCAUCGUUGCUAAGCUCCUGGAGCGUAUUCUGCGAGGCUACAUAAGCGCGCACCUUCUUCAAAUCGGUGAUGAAACGAUUGCAAACAAAUUACCAAGCUCGGCGAACAGGCGGAAUGGAGCGGUCUAG